GCGUCAAGCGACUUUAUCCGUCUAAAAAUAAUGGUUUAAAAAGAAAUUUGUAAAAUUAAUUAAAGAAUCUAUGAAUACUAUUAAAUGUUGUUUUAUAUCAUGUAAAUACUUACCAUUUUUAUAUCAUGUAAAUACUUACCAUUUUUAUAUCAUGUAAAUACUUACCAUUUUUAUAUUAACAAAAAAGAAAACAUCUAUUACAAAUGUAUUAGAAGGCUCUAUUACCGUGGAUUAUAAGAUUGCUGAAUUAUAUCUACCUAUACUUACCCCUCUCUUAUAUGUAUAUACUUACCACUAGAUUAUGCCGUUAGGCUAAUUUUUAAGCUAAGCCAUGAAAUCUGUUUUAAUAAAGAAUUCACUCGUAUAAUAACCAGAAUCGAGAACGGUCGUCUUUUUUCUAUCGGCAUUUUUUUAAAAUCGCAUAGGCACAGGCAAUUUCGCACGUUUAUAACGAAUCGCGCAUCCCAAUUAAUUUAAAGAUUAUAUUCUCAAAAAAGCUUGAGAAAUUUUUCAUGGCGCCCGAGCAGGGACAAUAGUGCGUGGAUUAUUUAAACUGUGCAUCAAGCUUUCGCAAACUAUUAGCAAAAAAAAAAAAUAAAUAAAUCAUAAUAACUUUUCGUAAUUGCCUGUGCAUUAUUUCGUUGUUCGGUUGGUGGUGAAGUGAAUAAGUGAAUAAGAAAUCUAAAAAUCUAAAAACAAGAGGAACAAAAUACGUUUUAAUAAGUGAAAAUAAAUUCGGAAUAUACAUAUUAUACAUACAUACAAUACGUUCAGUUACCAAAGAUUCAAAAACAAAAAAAAAAAAAAACAAAAAAAAACGCAAAGUAACACAUACCAAACAUACUUACCCAUCAGUCGAAAGAGAAUAGUGCUAGAAAAGUGCUAGAAAAGUGCGUGAGCAACGACAGUAUUCGAUAAUUUGAUUAAACGGAUAACUACAGUGGAGUGCGGAAAUAAAGUCAGGCUUAAAAAAUACAUUUAUUUUGCUAGAAAGUGCCAAAUAACCAAUCCAAUAAAACCGCUAAAUUGCUGUUCGGUGAAAUUGUAAUUUCUGUAAAAAAAAAAAAAUAUAUAUAUAUCUAUACCGCUAAGUGCUGCUGUGCUGUUAUACAAAAAAAAAAAAAAACAAAAAAGUGCCGCUAGUGCCGUUGACUCAAAAAAAAAAAAAAAAAAUUUGAAGUCCAACACCGGUAAAAAAAAAAAAAAAAAAAAAAAAAAAAAAAAAACUGUAUACUAAUUUCGCAAGGGUCUGCGUCAACAUCGUCAUCAUCGCUGCUGCUGCGUCAACGCUAACCGUCGCUCCGCUGCUACGUCAACUUUAUAUCGACGGUACAUCCACUGCUGCUGACACUUCGUGGGAAUGAGCUGCAAUUGCAUCGUUUGCAAAAGGGAAGUGAACGCAGGCAAACCGCCGACGCAUUCACAACAGGUUCAUUGGUCGCCGAGGGAUGCCACAGACGAUACACAGCGACAACGCAACCAACUUCGUCGGCGCCGAUCGCAAGUUGCGCGAACUCAAAGAGGCGUUUCUGUCCCAGUCUCCGGAAGUAAUGGAAUUCGCCGCCGAAGAAGGGUUCAAAUUCGCCUUUAUACCACCGAGGGCGCCGCACUUCGGCGGGUUAUGGGAGGCGGCAGUGAAGUCCGCCAAACACCUCGCCGUACGCGCAAUGGGCAACGUGCUGCUCACCGCCGAAGAGUUAGCAACACUGCUGGCCGAAGUGGAGGCCAUCCUCAACUCGCGGCCCCUCGCACCGUUGAGCCAGGAUCCCAACGACGGCGAAGCAUUGACUCCAGCACACCUACUAAUAGGGUGCUCCCUCCGAGCCUUACCACCGGCACAAGUGUCAACGGACCCAAUUCGCUAUUGCGAGAGAUGGCAACUUGUUUGCUGUCUCAAGCAACAGUUUUGGCGACAGUGGUCCAAAACGUACAUUACCAGUCUUCAGGAGCGCAACAAAUGGCUGCACCCGAAACGCAACCUGCAGCCCGGCGAUCUCGUCCUCGUCCACGAAGACAACACGCCACCGCAGCAGUGGGCACUAGGACGAAUCGCCGCAACCGUAGAAGGACGAGACGGAAAGGUGCGAGUGGCAGACGUAGUAACCAAGGCAGGCACCAUUAAGCGCCCUAUUCACAAGCUAGCCCUGCUGCCUAUCGAAGUUGAAGGAUCAUAAUCCUGUCAAGGUGGCCGGUGUUGCGUCAAGCGACUUUAUCCGUCUAAAAAUAAUGGUUUAAAAAGAAAUUUGUAAAAUUAAUUAAAGAAUCUAUGAAUACUAUUAAAUGUUGUUUUAUAUCAUGUAAAUACUUACCAUUUUUAUAUCAUGUAAAUACUUACCAUUUUUAUAUCAUGUAAAUACUUACCAUUUUUAUAUUAACAAAAAAGAAAACAUCUAUUACAAAUGUAUUAGAAGGCUCUAUUACCGUGGAUUAUAAGAUUGCUGAAUUAUAUCUACCUAUACUUACCCCUCUCUUAUAUGUAUAUACUUACCACUAGAUUAUGCCGUUAGGCUAAUUUUUAAGCUAAGCCAUGAAAUCUGUUUUAAUAAAGAAUUCACUCGUAUAAUAACCAGAA